UGAUAAACCUCUGGCAAAAUAUCAACGGUUGAUUAAAACAUCUGCAUCUCUAUAACAGUCGAUUGACUGGUUUAAGAAUUGGUCAACAGUUAACAAUCCAUAAAUAUCUUAAACAGAGCAGACUGCAUCUGGAUUUGGAGUACUAUAUUAACAUUUAACAUGGCAACAAAGUGGGGAAUUUGUAGUGCGGGGAAAGUUAGUCGAGAUUUUUCUGUGGCGGUGAAUUUACUUCCGAGUGAGGAGCAUAAGAUUAUAGCUGUUGCAUCUAGGGAGCUUACAAAGGCCAAGCAGUUUGUAAAAAAUUACAAACUUGACAACACAAAAGCAUAUGGGUCAUAUCAGCAACUCGCAGACGAUAGCAAUGUUGAGGUUGUGUAUAUAGGGGCCAUUCAUACAGAACACUAUAAACUAACAACAUUGUUCCUGAUGCAUGGUAAACAUGUACUGUGUGAAAAACCAGCUGCCAUGAAUUCUGCACAACUUGAUGAAAUGAUCCGUUUAGCUGAUAAAAAGAAAUUAUUUUUCAUGGAGGGGUUAUGGAGUAGGUUCUUUCCUGUUUAUAGACAGUUGAGACAUGAGCUUGAUACACAAAGUCUAGGUACUGUACGCUACCUACAUGCUACCCUCGGGUCUCCCAUUACGGGCGUUCCAAGGCUUGUCAAAAAAGAAUUAGGAGGAGGCUCGUUACUAGAUCUAGGAAUUUACCUGUUACAACUGGCUUGUUUUGUAUUUGAGGAUCCUCCCAUAGGAGUAGAGUCAACUGGAUCUCUUAAUGAAGAAGGUGUCGAUGAGAAGGUUGCCAUAACACUGCACUACAGCGGUAACAGAACUGCUCAGUUGUCAUGUGACAUCACAAUGUGGUUGCCAAAUAAGGCAAUGGUCUGUGGCAGUAAGGGAAUAAUAGAGAUUCCGGAUAAGUUCUGGUGCCCUACAAGCAUUGUUAAAGAUGGAGAAAGGAAAGACUUCCCACUGCCAAAGGGAGAAUUUAUCGAGCGAUGGUUUAACACACCAGGAUUCCAGUAUCAGGCAGCCGCUGUUAGAGAGAGCCUAUUGAAAGGAGAACUCCAAAAUGCAAGUGCUCCUCAUAAAGAUUCAACUCUCAUUCAUCAACUCAUGGACACAAUACGUAAACAGAUUGGCGUACACUAUGAUGCAGAUGGCCCAAUCCCAAACUCAAAUCCAAGUUAUAGUGUAAAUGCCACAAGUUAUAGUAUAAAUGCCCAAAUGAUUGACUUUGGAUUAGUGGGUUGCAAUGGUGAUGUCAACUGUGAUGAGGGUGUCAAAGGAGAUCUUGAUAGCGAUGUCAAUGUGGGGAGUGAUGAUGAUGUCAAAAUGGACAGUAAUUAUAUUGUAAAUGGUACUGCUGACAUCAAAAUGAAUGGCAAAAUUGAUGACAAUAUGGACAGUAAAGGAACAAGAUGUCAAUGUACACUAAAGACAAUUAAUUAAGAUUAGAAAUAUUUUUACAAUCUGUUAAUGUUCAAGCAGUUGGGAUAGGGAUCUCUAAAAUUCAGAGUGAGUUCUUCAUACCUCAAUCUUGACAUAUCACGGUGAACAGAUGAUUUGAGAGAAUUUUGAAUUCGAUAGUGGGUAGAAAUUUAAUUUUCAAAUUUAAGUGCACAUUAGGACAUUAUGAUAUACAGGUUUCACUGUAUGCAUGUAAAUAUUAUCAUAUAUGGGAGAUGUAAAUAUUGUAUAAUGUAAAAACUGGAAUUUUAUUCAUACAUAAAAUAGAAUGAUCA